AUGGAAUGUGGCCAUUUCUCUGCAUUUACCACCCGACAAGUGAAGAUUAAACGAGACCCUGUCUAUGGUUUUGGAUUUGUAGCAGGCGGUGAGAAGCCUGUGAUAGUACGAGCUGUGGCACCAGGCGGUCCAUCGGAGGGCAGACUCAUCCCAGGCGAUCAGAUUCUAGCCAUAAAUGAUGAGUACGUCAGCACUGCCCCGAGGGAAAGAGUCAUAGACCUUGUAAGAAAUGGCAAGGACUCCAUUAUUCUGACUGUCCUGCAGCCUUAUCAAUCUCCGAAAUCUGCCUUCAUCAGUGCAGCCAAGAAAGCACAGCUUAGGACAAACCCUGUCAAAGUUCGAUUUUCUGAAGAGGUUACAAUCAACGGAAACAGUUCUGAUCCUAUGAAAGAGGAAACUCUAAUGUUGAUCUCAAACGUGCUGAAUGUAUAUCUGGAAAACGGCCAGAUGAAAUCGUUCACCUUUGAUAGCAGAACAACUGUGAGGGACGUGAUUCUCACACUACAGGAAAGGUUGUCUCUCAGGUGCAUAGAACACUUUGCACUGGUGCUGGAGGUGGGCAAUGAAGGUCCAGAGAAGAAACUUCUUCUUCUACAUGAAGCAGAGACUCUGAUACAGGUUGUGCAGCGCAGUCAUUUUAAUGCCAUGAAAUGCAUCCUCAGAAUCACCUUUUUUCCAAAGGACCCAGUUGACCUACUGAGGAGGGACCCAGUGGCAUUUGACUACCUAUAUGCUCAGAGCUGCAGUGAUGUGAUGAAAGAACGAUUUAGUGGCGACUUAGCAGAAAAUAUAAUGCUGAAAUUGACUGCGCUGCAUAUCUACAUCACAGUCUCCAGUGCAAGAACCAAUCAGAAGAUCACCCUCAGAAACGUUGAGAAGGAAUGGGGACUAAAGCUGUUCCUGCCACCAUCUCUUCUGAUGUACAUGAAGGAAAAGCAUGCAAGGAAAAUCCUCUCACAUCACCUCAAAGCAACACAAGCUCCAGGUCCUUUAGGCAAAAAGAUUUCUACAGUACAAGCCAAACUGCAGUAUCUGCGAAUCCUGAAUGAGCUCCCAUUGUAUCCAGGAGGACUUUUUAACUCUGUUGUGCUGGAUGCAAAGCAAUCAGAAAUGACUUUGCUAGUUGGGCCACAGCACGGCAUCAGCCACGUUAUAGACCUGAAAACAAAUCUCACCACUAUCUUAGCAGAGUUUGGCCGAGUGAACCGAAUUCAGUUGUUCAAAGAGAAGGAGAACGUGGCUCGGGUUGAGCUAACCAUCUCAGAAACUAAGCCUAUUGUGUUGCUGAUGGAGUCAACAGAAGCUGUAAAUUUUGCUUGCCUGAUAGCAGGUUAUUACAGAUUAUUUAUUGAUGCAAAGAAGAUGAUAUUUUGUAGCGCCAAUAUGCAACCUCAAGUGAACAAGGCAGACUACAGAAAUAUACCGAACAUUCUGCAACCAGAAUGGACUAUUUCAUCAUCAGGUCCCAUUCUAAAACCUGAGGGAAGAGGUACAAGUUGCCCUCACAAUCUUCCACACCACAUUGAGUCGCAGACAGCACAUAAUCAGAUGGCAAACCCCCCAGAGUCCAAUCUGGUAAGAUUUCAAAUUUUACAAAUGCAAGAAAGAAAAAAGGUAUUUGAAAAUCAAAUCAAUAUUAAUGAAAACUUCAUCUUCUUUGAGGAGUCAAGACCAAGGACAAAGUCUGACCCUACACCAAAUACAUCAAAAACAAGACAGAGCAAUUCUGACAUCAGGAGUCUUUCUGGGCAGCAAGGAUUUCUGAGCAGGGGAAGAGCAAACACACUGGACGGACACAUGAAAAUGGCAAUUGCUUAUACAACAGACUAUCAUAACUGUAUCUGUCCAAAACUCCCAAUGCAGCCAACAAGAGUGAAUAGUACAAAGCUCCUUCCCAUAAUAAUCAAGGAAAAUGAUGACUUGCUUUGUGAUGCUUGUAAAGUCAGAAUGAGGGGUAAUAUUAUUCCCAAAGGAAGCAGUACAGAUAAGUGUUUAAACUCUUGCAAUUACCAUGAUGACGUGGUUGACCUGACAACUCUCCCUCUGCCGGGAAGCGAUGAGGAACAAGAAGAAUGCCAUUCUCUACUUCCUACACUGGCUGCCCCUCCACCUGGUUUCAGGGAUAAUAGUUCUGAUGAAGAUGACUCUAAACGAAGGACCACUCAAAAUCUAGCUUCCAGUCGACAGCCUUGUGAUGUACACUUCAAUGAUAUCCCAGUGUCUCUAAUCGACGGUGUUCAAACAAGGACUGUCAGACAUCACGCCCAGGAACUUGAUGAUGCUCUGGUUUCCACACUACAGGCCCUGGAAGCUUUAGCUGCAGCUGAGGACUGUCCACGUACUCAACCACAAGAAGGAUCAGGUUUGAUUGUAUUGGCAGCUAUGACACCAGAGUCAUCACUGGAUUCUGGCCAUGAAACAAAUUCCUCAGAAAUGACGGAUAUCUCUGAAAUGGUCUCAGCAAUAAAACAGCACCAUUUACUUGCUUAUCAGGGAAAUAAAUCUGGUCUAAUUAUGAAAAAGGAUCUUCCCUUGAGUGCUGUUAGAUGCUGUGCACAAGCUGCUUUCAGAGGAGUUCCAUGUCCGAAGAGAUAUUUCCAAGAAGCAAACACUUCAUCUGCAAUUACUUCAUCUAAGCAGAAUCCUUUGUCAAGUUCAAUUAGACUCAAACCUAGUCACAUGACUGGAUUUUGCACAGUUCACAUGCGACCUCAGGUAUUUGGUCAUUCUAAUGAAACCACAAGUAGGCCAGAAAAUGUUAUUUUAAAGCCUCUCCUUCAGCAGAAUUGUCCACGAUGUCCAAAAACAAUAGAAGACCAAAUGUCCAAACAACAAACAAUUCAACCUAAAGAAAACCUUCCUAAAAUCCUGACAUGUCCCAAUGAGGUAAUUCAGAAUGUAGAUGAUGAUAAAGCAUGUGUUAAGCAGUUAUUAAGUAGAAGGAACUCUGGAAACAGCUCCAGAAUUACAAGCCCUGAAAUCCAUCAAGAAAAUUCAUCAAGCUAUGGCUCAACAAACAAUACUUCUCCUCCAGUUUCUAAGUAUAUAGACGGCUGUGCUAAGUGUGAUGCUUCAAAAAAUGAGUAUUUGAAGUAUGAAGGCAGCAUGCCGGGAAACCCUAGACCAUGUGAAUGUCAUUUGCUGAAGACCGAGGCAAGGCAAGUAGACUCUCAGGCCCACCGAACAAAUGUCUUCCAUACUUGCACACCAAAGAACAAUGAAGUGGCUUAUGUCAAAGACAGCAACAGGAAGUAUCAGCCGACAGGUAAGGAAAAUUCAGCAUUAUUCAAUGACAAUCUUAUAGAUUUGGCGGAUGUUCCAGAUGGUCAAAAGAAUGAUUAUACCAAAACAGAGAAAGAAUGCCAACCAAUGAGGACUAGUUCCCCAAGUCCAGGCUGUUAUCACAGUCCUUACAGAUAUCCAUCUACCACUUUAGGACCAGAUAACAGCACAGUACAGCAAGAUAAUGCUGAAAAGAUGAAAUAUCAGGGACACCCAUGUUCUUGUAAAGCUAAUAUCAGUUCAGAGAAAAGUGCUGGCAUUACAAUGUGCUGCAAGCCUUCCAGUAUGUGUGAUACUGCAUUGCCGCCACAUGUCUCAUCAUCUCCUGUGACGGAAAAUGUCUUUGAUGCCAAACAGCACACUUCUCUUAUUCCUGAUAAAGUUAAAUUACAAAAAGGCUCCUUACUGAACUUUAAGAAUCUCUUCUCAGCUACUUUUCCAGCAAGAUUUAAGAGAGAAAGUGAUGAGAGGCAGGAGCAACUUCAGAAGGUGAAACAAUAUGAACUCGAAUUUCUUGAAGAAUUACUGAAGCCCAAAACCAAAGUUGACGUAUUUGCAGAAGAUUAUGUUCAUCACAAAGGAUCCAGUCAUUGCUCUUAUCAGAUCAAAAGCAGUCCAGUUGGAAAUAUUCCAGGUCUAUCCAGGGAACGUCGUCGUAGCUGUGAUUGUAAACGUCGAGGACUGACUUGUGAUUCAGUGUGUUUUCCAUCAAUCCCUAAUACCCUAGAUUCACAAAGAGCAGAUCGAGGCAAAGGCCCUUGUGUUCACAAGCAGCCUAAAACCAGUGUUGCCCCUCCUGCACCAAAUAUCAAUACCAAACAAAAAGCCAUUCGAAGGCGGACAAGUCUAGAGUACAGUGACUAUAGAGCUGAACAGCAGCCUGGUGUGCUCUGCAUGAUGGCACGCGGUGACUGUCUGAAAGUGCCUCAUGAUAAGAAACUGGAGCGACAUCAUAGUGCCACCAAUAUAGUCUCUGAGGCGGAAAUAAGUGAAAUAACAUCGCAGGCUUCGGAAAACAGUGCAUCUAUGGCCACAUCUAAGACUGAAGAAACCAGGAAUGUAGAAAAGGAGAAAGAAUUUAUGAGAAAAGCUCUCAAAAGCCAGUGCCGGGAACCACCCCAGUCCCCAGCAAUUUUCUCUGUUCAGGGAGAAUUCAAACCAUCAAAGUCAAUGCCACUUUUAAAGGGGGACAUGGGUGGCAAUAACCGAUGCUGUUCUUUUAGAUAUUGUUUUUAUUAUAGAAAUUGUGAUGUUGCUGAUGACAGCAGUGAUAAAGAUGAACUUUCAUAUUCAGUACCAAUGCAGCUUCUUCCUGAUCUGAGGUCUGACAGUUCAGUGACACUCAGUGAAACAUUAGCUAAAACUUAUCAAACAUCAGAAAGAAAUGUUUCCAAUGGAUGUGAGGACAAUGUACAACAGGAAUCAGUACUGCAUGAUAUGGGACUAGAUAACAUAACAAGAAUCAAUGCCCUGCGGAAUAGUGUCUAUACGUUACCAGAUGGCUUUGUCGCUGCACAGAAGGAUACUAGCGAACUGUUAUCUAUCUUAAGGCAAUGCACGACAAAUCGCGGAAACCAUGAUGCAAAACUUUACAUUUCACACCUGGAUGAAUAUAAACAGACACUCACACUUAAGUUUAAAGAGCUGCGAACUGCAUGUAGGAGAGUGGCGGCAGUAGACAAAAGCCCAUCACGCAUGCUUUCAGCUAUCUCAACCAGCUUUCAAGUAUUAUGCGGCCUCAUUGAAGCUUUUGUGCACUUGGUUUAUAUCGUGCGAUCGGAAAGGCAAUGCAGAGAACUCCUCUCUAAAGUGGAGGAGGUGGUCAUCAAUUAUACAUUUUUGCUCAGAGCAGCAGAAGAAUCAUCCAGUAAGACAUCUCAUCACUUAAAGCAAUCAGCCUCUGUAACUACAGCAGUAAACACAUUUACUCGUUCAAUUAAAACAUUAAUGAACAAAUAA